GGCGCGAGGCAUAAAGCAGAGGCUUUCGGCUGCCCGCCCAGUCGUCUGGGGUCGGCGCCGGGCCCCGGUUGCACCACCCCUCCCGGCGAGCUCCGCAAGCCAGGGAAGGGGUGCGCGGGAGGGGGGAGGGGGGUUCAGCGCCGACUCCCGGAAUCCGCUCGGACCUCCGACGGCGUAUGUACAUGCAUUCUUUUGGUCCUUCUGUCAUCCAGCACGCGGCCCACGUGGAUUCGCGGCUGCCCGUGCCGCUGGAGGCUGGGGACGUCGUGACCUGCCGGUUCGACACGGCCCACGGCAUCCAGGUCUCCGAGGGCUGCUUGUUCUCCGUGGUCGUGUGGUUCCGCGGGAAGGAUCCCAAGACCGCGCCCUGGCUGGAGCGCGAGGCGGAGGCGGGUGACUCCGACGCGCAGGCGCUGCUGGGGCGCGUCUUCAGCCAGGGCGACCUCGGCAGGGCCCGCGACGACGCCGAGGCGGUCAGGUGGCUGGAGCUGGCAAGCUCCCAAGAUCACCCGGACGCCCAGCACGCUCUCGGCCUGCUGAUUGCUGGCGACCGCCGUGGCGGCGGCGGCGCCGCCUCUGAGUCGGUUGCGGGGCACGCUGGGGCCGAGGCGUGCUGGCGUGCGGCGGCUUUGCAGGGGCACAGCCGUGCGCAGCGCCUGCUGGGGGAGCUGCUCCUGGGCGGCCAGGGUGCAGGCCGCCAAGGGGAGGGCGUGCACUGGUUGCGCGAAGCUGCCCAGCAGGGCGACGCGGACGCUGCGUUUCAGCUCUCCGAGGUGCUCUCUGAGGGCGAGGCCAGGGAGCCUCAGCAGGCCGCGGCCUACCUCGAGGAGGCCGCCAGGGGGGGCCACGUGGCCGCACAGCGGGCUCUUGGCUUCCGCCUGCUGCCCGGCGGUGGCGAUCGGGGCGCGCAGGCGCUCCAGCACCUCACCUCCGCGGCGCAGGGCGGCGACGUGGAGUCGCAGCUGUUCCUUGCGGGGAUGAUGCGGCAGUCGCCCAAGACGGAGGCGCUGUCCAUGCAUUGGCUGUUCCAGGCAGCAAGGCACGGCGCCGCCAGCGCCCAGAGGGACAUGGGGCACCUGCUGCUGGAGAGGGCAUCCAGUGAGCCCGACCCAGGUGGCGCGUCCGUCCUUGCAGCCAUCGGCCGCGCCUGGCUGGGGGUGGCAGGGGCGCGCGGGGACGCGGGGGUAGCGGGCAGCGUUGCCAGGGCCCGCCCCCGCGAAGCUGCCCGUGGCUGCCCUGUGGCCGAGUGCCUUGAGCUGCUGCUGGAGCGGGGGGCGCCCAGGUGGGUGGCCGGUGGCGGCGCGGAGGCCAGCUUCCUGCAGCGCGUGCUCCUCGACGUCACCGAGCAGGUGGUCAACGGGCAGGCUGGGAGCUCUCGGGUUCCGUCGCCGUCGUUCCACCUGUGCAUGGACCUCAUGCAGGUGCACCACUGGCACGAUUGCCUCUUCCGGUGGGGCAACAACUGGGGCACGGCGGACUUCCCCCGCGCCUGCACCCACAGCGGCGACGGCGGGCUGCCCGAAGAUCGGGACGCGGUGGUCGCCUGCAAGGCCUGGCGGGGCGCGGCGAGUGCGGACAGGCGCCAGAUUGCCGAGGAGGCCUUCGCCAAGCUCUGCGCCCAGGGCUACGUGGUGCUCGAGGAGCUCCUGCCCGCCGACCUGGUCCAGCCCCUGGAGGCGCAGUUCCUGGAAAUGAGCGGCACCUGCACAGAGGACCUCCGCGCAGGGCGCUCGCAGACGGCGCUGCCGUUCGAGGCGCCCUGGAGCGACAGCUGGCUGGUGUGCAACGAGCUGGUGCUGGAGCUCGUGGCGCGCUACAUCUGCAACAACGACGCGCUCGCGUGCGAGGGCAAGGAGGAGCAGGCCUGGGCCUUCGUGAGGUGGGUGGCCGGCGGCGCGACCACGGAGUACUACACGGACGCGCCCACCGAGGCCCGUGCACGGCCGAGCUUCGGUGCCAUCGACGUCAUACACACGCCAGGGCACCGGAUGCCCCAGUUGCGCCACCGGGACACGAACUUGCCAGGGAUCUGCGCCAGCCUGACGGUGAACGUUCCCCUGACGCCACUGACGCCCAGGAACGGGCCGAUCGGCUUCGUGCCGCGCACGCACGUGCUCGAGGCGCCGUCCGUGGAGGUGCAGGCGUGCCCGCCCCUGGGCUCGGUCAUCCUGUACGACUCCUUCCUGGAGCACCGGGGCUGCGAGAACUCCACGGACAGGUCGCGCUCGGUGCUCAGCAUGACGUUCGAUCCCGGCGUCUGGAUGAGGAGCUUCGACCCGGCGUAUGGCGGACAGACUGCCUGGGAGCACCACUCCGCCUUCCGCCGCAAGAUCGGGCAACGGCUGGAGGCGAUCACGGCGGAGGCGCGCGGUGAGCAGCCCCGACCAGAUGGCGCUCUCGCCGACAGCUCGCGGGAGAGGCGCGUCGGCAGGUGCUCGGGGAGCCCGCAGUGCAGGGCCUCCGCGGCUGAGCAGCAGCUCGAGCUGGACCGCGCGACCGGCGAGUGGGUCUGCGAGAGGUGCUUCGAUCAGCGCCUCUAUGUGGACCGCCCGAGGGCCGAAGGCAGUGUCGACAAGGUGGGGCUGCAGCCCUACCUGGGCCUUGCCGCCUGGUGACCUGCCCCUCUGCGCCCCCUGCGCCGCGCUUUGCUGCCUGCUGGUCUUCUCCGCGUGUUUUCCCUGCGAGAGGCGUGCCUGCCGCCCAGAGACUCCCCAGAGCCCCAUGAUCCCGCGAGAGCUGCCUGGGCGUGUAUGAACAACAA